AUGGAUAAAACUUAUAUUAUAGCAUUUGCAAAAAACGUUCUCAGUGCAAUUCCAGGAAUUCUAAAUUAUAACGUUGAAGUCUCAAAACUGGAUCCAUACCAGUUAUGUGGACAAGAGUUUAUUCCACAUCUCGCAAGUAAUAUCAAAGAAUUUACCUUGGCCAGUUGUGAACAUAUCUAUCAUCAAAAGUGUCUCGAAUACCAUCUGCUAACUGUGAAAGCGAGAUGUCCGAAUAUGGGCAACACUGAUAUUGGUCUUACUCAAGCUUUACAAAAUAAAGACGCCUACUCUUCACCCAAUAAUAAUAAUAAUGUUAUUGAACCAACUCCUGAAAUAUGCUCCAAGUGUUCCGAAGCCAUCUCUCCAGAACCGGAUGAUCUAGAAAAAGAAGGAUAUUAUAUCUCACCUGGUGUCUCAGUUAACGAAACUCCCAAAAAGAAAAGGAAGAAACAGGAAGAUAAUACUCAUGAAAACAAGCCUAAAAAGAUCUCAAAACUGCAAGCCAUAAUUCGAGAGUUGUCAGUCCUACCAAUUUCCGAUGAACCAUCAAUCACUAUACCUUUUGAAGAAUCUGACAUGGAAGAUAUAUCUAAUAAAUUCUACCGCCUAUAUUAUAGUGUCGAUGACAUUGAAAAGAAGGGGGAUCGAACAAAUCGGAAAAUAAUUAAUUAUUAUUUUCAGUUUGGAAAAGCACUAUCAGAGCACCUCACUGUGUUGUUAAAGAGCAAGCCUCUGCAAACAGCAUAUACUGAUCUAAACAAUGAAGAUUCCCGAAGCAUAGUCAGAGGCCUGCUUAAUCACCCGAAUCACAUCAAUACUCGAGCAUCUAAAUUUACGAAAGAUGAUGUAGAAGCACUAAGAGUGAAAUUCCAACCAGCAUCCGAAGACCACGUUAUUCCUAAUGAGAAAGUAGAAGAAUUUCCAGAAAAGUACGAAUGCCCCCAAAUAAAUAGAGACAUGCUUAAUAAAGAAGAAUUCAAAGUUCGAGAAAUAAGGGAUUUUUCGGAUAGUCUCGUUCAAACAUUCUUUUAUAAACUGCAUAUCGCCACGAGAAAUCAAGCCGAAUCCAAAACUGAUGACAUGGUUGCUGAUUUACUUCGUAUUGCUCGACUGAAUAAUUAUCCCUUGUAUAUAGAACAACAUCCAUCAAAUAAACUACAUAUCUUAGGUGAGCCAUAUCUUUCGGCAACUCCCGAAUUUGUGGUUAAUAAAGAUACAAUAGCUAUGGUUAUUACAGAAGACAAAACCUUACGAAAUGUUGACCCUGCAAAUGAUUUUGGAGAAAUGCAAAUUGCUGGUGAAAUACUUGCCUGCGGAAGUGAAAAUACACGUAGGGUUGGUAAGAUCGCUGACCAGGUUUUAUAUUCUAUUCGUUUUAUCUCUACCUAUACUACAUUUUACAAGGCUGAGAUUCCUGCGGGAUAUUGGGAUGAGCUUGCUAAAGGUUUACCAAUAAAAAAUUCAAUUGAAAUCAAAAGAUGGCCAGGAGAAAAUGAAAAGAAAAGUGGUCUUGAUAUUGCAGACCCAAAUGGAAGGAAAGCGGUGUUGACUGCGUUAACCAAAAUUCGUCAAUUUCUUUUGAAUAAAUAA